AUGACUGAAGCAACGAUCCUGGAGCGGGUCUGUCAACAACUGGGAGAGCGAGACCAAGGAAAGCAACCGCGUGACGAGGAUGAAGGCGGAUCGCCCCUUGUCCUAUCCCAGCGGAUCACACUCAAGGAGUUUGACGCGCUGCUGGGGGAGCAUGAAAGCGACUUUCCGCCAUGGGACUACGAACCGGACCCAGAUGCUAAGGACGGCGCCGGCCGCGUCUUGGUUCACGAUCUCUCCUCCCCGAUCCAUGCAGCAGUUACGGCCAACUAUCUCCGGCAGAUCAAAAUCACUGCAGGAGCAGCCGCCGGCACCAAUCCGAUCCCCGCGCUUGUGGGCUUAGCCAGGUACACGAUGGGGUUCGAGCACUAUCGGUUUGAGCCGAACGGAUCGCUGGCACCUGCUAAUCGAAUUGCUUCCCCGACAUUCGAGCUGGAAGUGGCUUACUCGGAGGCAACGGUGCACCUACGUCAGAAGCUCCGCAACUACAUGCAAUGCCCAGUUGCACUCGGCAUCAAAGAUCCCUGA